AUGCGAACCAAACGCCAGCUGAAAGAUCAAAUCAAAUGCUUAGUGGAAAUGGCAAAUGCCGAUUGGAAAUUUUCGGCCGCUGGCGGAGAAUAUAGGUCCAACAAACAAGAACGAGCCACCCUCCAGUUCGUGGCAAUCGGGCAAACUGCGACGGCCCAAAAUAAGGUUUAACUCGAUAAUAUGGACGGCCGAUAAAAUCUAAUUAGCCAAACAAUUGGGGUUUUAUCUGACUGCAAAUGGAGUCUAGGGUUUUGCUGCUUCAUCCUUCAGCAAAGAUGGAAGCAUCCGAUCAAAAGUCCUUACGCCUACAUUAGCUAAGCAGACCCAGAAACACAGAGUACGGGAGAGUGAUUCUUUUGAAAGACUGGGCAUUACCGCAGCUUUGACUCUGUUGCAUUCGUUCCGAGGGUGAGGUUCAAGGGUUGGUCGAGCUACUCCUAUUUCUCAUCUUGAAAAGGUAGUCCGGGAGUGAAUCAAGGUAGUAAGUCAGUGAGCUGAUUCUGCCGCUUUCAACAAGAAGAAUUCCCCUCUAAAGGGUCGAACUAAUUUCCUAUUGAAAGAAAAAAGCCCUCGUCUCUGCGGUGAAUCUUCCCAGCUCUUCAACAUGACUAAGAGAACUAAGAAGGCAGGUAUUGUUGGGAAAUAUGACUUGUGCUAGUAACUACAAGAAGGAUACAUCCAUAGGUUCAACAAUCGUACCUGCACCUUGUGUCCAUACAUUCCAUAGCUUCCGGUGCCUCAGACUGCUAUAAAUUUUCGGGGGUGCUUCAAUUAUUGUAGACCUGUUUGAAAACGGAAACCCCUCCAAAAGAAAAGAAGCUUGAGACUUUAGAGUUCGGAGUUCUGUCGCUUUCGAAAAGAAAAUGGCCCAGAAUUGUUUAGGAGGAGUUUUGAACCCAUCCAAAACCCUCAAGCCAAAAUGCAUACCAAUCAACCAUUCAAACCCUUCAUCCCUCUCAUCAUCUUCUUUGCGUAAAUUCAUUCUAACAAAAUCCAAGAAGUGCCUUCCUCCAUCAAUUUGUAUCUCUGCAUCAAUGUCAUCAAGCCAGCAGCACCAACCGCCACCUUCUCUUGAGUCUUUGAAAACCAGUGAACGCAGAAAUGAAGUCUUGAAUGCUAUCCAUAGCUCAUUAAACAAUUGUUUAUUUGAAACCCAUCUUGAUUUAACCGUUCCUGGUCUUAAAUCCAAAACCAGAGGCAAGGUUAGGGACAUUUAUGAUGGAGGAAAUUAUCUUGUGCUGGUAACAACAGAUCGGCAAAGUGCAUUUGACAGAGUUCUUGCUUCAGUCCCCUUCAAGGGGCAGGUGCUUAAUGAGACAAGUUUGUGGUGGUUUAAUAAAACUCAGCACAUUGUUCCAAAUGCAGUGGUGUCUGCACCAGAUAAGAAUGUGACCAUCGCAAAGAAAUGUUCAAUAUUUCCUAUUGAAUUUGUUGUUAGGGGUUAUGUGACUGGAAGUACUGAUACAUCAUUGUGGGCUGUCUACAAAAAGGGAGUUCGGAAUUACUGUGGCAAUGUACUUCCUGAUGGAAUGGUGAAAAAUCAAAAGCUAUCAGAAAAUAUUCUCACACCUACUACUAAAGCUGCUGAUCAUGAUGUUCCUGUGACUCCGGAUGAGAUAAUUCAAUGUGGUUUAAUGUCUCGAGCAGAUUACGAGGAAGCAAGUAAGAGGGCACUACAGUUAUUUGAAUAUGGUCAGCACGUGGCAAUGAAACAUGGCCUCGUAUUGGUAGACACCAAGUAUGAAUUUGGAAAAGCACCUGAUGGUACUGUGCUUUUGGUUGAUGAGGUGCAUACUCCAGACUCGAGUAGAUAUUGGAUUGGUCAUUCUUAUCAAGAACGCUUUUGGAAUGGCCUUGAACCAGAAAAUGUUGACAAGGAGUUCUUGAGGCUAUGGUUCAAUGAUCAUUGCAACCCAUAUGAAGAUAAGGUCUUGCCUGAUGCUCCAGAAGAACUGGUUUCUGAAUUAGCUUGGCGAUAUAUAUUCUUGUUCGAGACAAUAACAGAUUCAAGUUUUGAAAUACCUACAGCAAAGGAGCCAAUACAUGAUCGAAUCACCCAAAAUGUUUCGCAAGCGCUGAAGUCUCUCUUAUAGUGUCAGAGCUUCUCCAGAUGUUCAAGGCUGAAAUGCCAUGAUUUGCUACCAGUUGGAACAGCUGCAGCAGCGAUCAGUACUUCUGUAAUUUAGCAUGCUCAACAGCUCAACAGUUCCUUGUAUUCGAUUUUGUUUUAUCUGCACUGUGACAGCGAGCACUUUCUUAUGUUGAGAUGUUGAUAUGUAAAGCUUCAUCAUCUCGUUAUAUGGAUGGGGUUUACAAUUAGUCCCAAGCUGUUCAUCUUCUGCAUCAAAGCCUCAGCCUUCUCAGUGGACCUUUCUUUAACAUAAGAGUGAAAAAGAGGGAGACUGGCAGCUUUGUUAGAAACAGUGUCAAGCAAAGUUUCAAAAUGCUCUUCAGCUUUC